UGAAUUAAAAUUAUGAUCUCGAAUUUUUAAAUCUUUUACGUUCGAGUAUAUAGAUGGCAUCUUCGAUGAUAGUUAGCCAUCUGUCAGCGACUUUGCAAGGCUUCACCCCAAACAGGUUAAUCUUCCCUUACUAUAGAUAGAAUCAGAAUAACUGGAAAUAACCUCAUAUCCCAUGCAAAGGGUUACGAUGUUUUCGGUUUCGCGGGGUUACAACUAUUUAUAAAACCAGCUAUUCGAACGUGUGCCAUUUAAAAUGGUUGAACACGCAUUACCGGCGUUAUUUCCGAGAUAAUUGCUUGUUGUCUCUCAGCAUUAGUCGGCGAUUUAUCGAGGAAUUACGAUUCCCGUGAUGGGACUUAUGGUUUCGUGAGACCGGUGGAUUCACUUUAUUUUUUUUUUCAAAUCCUGCAACAAAUUCAAUCAUGGCUUUCCUCGGAGCUCAAUUGGUCAUCACUCUUAUUAUGGUCAGUGUCAUCCAAAAAUUGACUCCACAUUUCUCCUUGGCGAGGUGGAUCUUAUGUUCUACAGGGUUGACACGUUACUUGUAUCCAACUGACCAACAGUUAAGGAGCCUUGUGGGUGUACCCAAAGAGAAACCCAAGAAAGGCAAGCACAUGGAAAAUGGAAAGGUUGCCGAUGUGUUUCAAGUUCCUAGAAAUCUGGAUAUUACACUGGAGAAUGUUAAGAUAAAUACUUUAGAUGUAGUGCAUUUAAAAUAUUAUACAGAGUAUCAGUGGUUAUUGGAUUUUUCUGUUUAUGCUGCAGCAGUCUAUGCUCUAACAGAGGUGUAUAAUUAUUUCUAUCCAAUCAAAGAUGAGAUAAAUCUAAGUAUGCUUUGGUGUUCAUUGGUUUUGGGUUUUGCAUUCAAAGUAUUGCUCUCCUUGUGGAUAGAAUAUUUCAAAGGAGAGGAGAGUAUAGGUGAAAGGUCCACAUGUAUUGUGACCGGAUUUGCUUAUCUUCUCAUAGCUAUGAUGAUUCUUAUCGUUGAUGAGAACAAUCUUGAAAUUGGAUUGGACAAAGCUUAUGCAAGCUUUAAUCACAGCGCAUCUUUGUUUUUAGAUAAUCAAGGUCUUUCAUCUACUGGACCUGCAUCAAAAAUUGUUAUAAAAUUCUUUCUUGCCUUGUGGUGUGGUUUGCUCGGUUCCUUAUUUACUUUUCCUGGAUUGAGAGUGUCAAAAAUGCAUUGGGAUACAUUAAGAUAUUGCGAAGACAGAAAGCUAUUGUUAUUGAUAUCAAACAUUAGUUAUGCCUCUCCACUUCUAUUGAUAAGCUUAUGGAUUAAGCCUAUAAGUAGGGAUUACCUUACAGUUAGAAUAUUUUCUGGUAUGAAUGGUCCACUAAUGACACCCGCGGCUUUCGAGAGUAUGAGGCUGAUUGCAAUAGUCGUUGCGAUUUUAUUAAAGUUAAUAUUGAUGCCGACGUAUCUGCAAUCAUAUCUAAAUUUAGCUGUGCAACGAUUAGAGAAUCAAAAGAAGGAAGCUGGUAGGAUAAAGAACGUUGAUUUACAGAAAAAGAUUGCAGCCGUAUUUUAUUAUUUAUGUGUUGUCGCGUUGCAAAUCAUUGUUCCAUUAAUUAUAUGUCUAUUUUUAACGUUCAUGUACAAAUCAUUAGGUGGUUAUACGUGGGAGGGUAUCUUCAAAGAUGAAGCUUUGGAAGAGUGUCCAGUGGAUGAAUCACCAAUAUCGGUACUGAAAGGAACCAAUGAUGAUCUUGAUAAAACUGUUGCGCAAACCGCGCAAGAUUUUCAACUUGCAUUAGGAUCUUUGAAGCAGAUAUUUACAACAGACGUGUACAGAGGUCUCUUUGGUCUAGCAACAUGGUGGAGUUGCUUCACAUUAUUUGCGUCUACUGCCAUGGGCAUGUUUUAUCAAUCAUAUUUCUCCAGUAUGUGAACAGUCACCGUGAAAGAUAACGCAUUUCACGUCAUUUCGCACAAAUUUAUGUCAAUCUCUGCAAUUGGUCUAUCGAUUCUACUGCUACUGGAAUAUUCAACGAAUAUUUUUCGAAAAAGUACCUAUUUCAAGGUACGCACAAUAUCGACUGUCCAAAAAAAACAUUUGUACUAACUUUUAAAAUUUGUAAUACAUAUAGUAAUAAAAGAGCUGAAACUCAACUACGUCAAAACAAAUGUUUAAAUUUUCCAUAUAAUGUGUGGCGAUUAUACAAAACCGAUGGAAAAGUACAUGAGGUGGUAGCACACAGAAUAGCAGAGAGAAAUUUACGGAUAUUUUACGGUCGAAUCUAAGUAUGGCUUCUGAACGUGUGCGAGACAUAAAUAAAUUGUAUCACUGCCAGUAAAUAAGCUAUUUAACAUUC